AUGGUCUACUGUCUUUUUUGUUCAAGAAAAUACAAAACUAAAAAGGCUUAUAAAUCACAUUCUGAAAGUUUAACACACAAACAGAAAGAAAAAGAAAUAAAAAAGGAUGUUAUAAGUUUUAGAAAGCUUUUUUUAACAAAUUUCAGUUCAUUUAUUUAUAAAUAUAAUACUUAUAAAGAUUUAGAGGAGGUUUAUAGAGGGUAUAUAAAAGAUAAUAUUAUUGGUUACAGAGAUGUAGGUUAUAAAAAUAUUGAAGCUAUAAUUAAAGAUUUAACUGAUCUUGUCGAUGUAAAAGAAAAAGAUAACAAAUUUUUUGUUAAAGGGUAUGAUCGGUAUGUACAAAACGAAGCAACAGAAUGUGUAUCUUGUACUUCUAGCGAACCUUUGAGUUUUGAAGAAAUUUCUACUUAUGAAGAAUAUGAAGGUAAUCAAGAAGAUUUACUUAAUUUAUUAAAAAAUUGA